UACAAAACAAAGCAAAUGAAUAGCUUGGGUAUCUUAACACGAGCGCCAGCACACAACAGAACUUUCCGAUCGAGUUCAUGCUCUGCUUAAUUAUUCUUACACUCUUUCGAAUUUCGAUCUCUAUGCAUUGGACUUGCAACGCCACAACAGCAACACAUCAUAAUCUGUAGUUCACAGAAGAACAUCUAUUUUCUUUAGCUCAAUGUUAUUAUUGUUAUCUUAUUUUGAAUUUGAAAAAAAAAAAAAUUCCUGAGCAUUGUGAGGAUUUCCCCUUCUUCACCCUUUGGUUUUUGUCCACGUAGUCAUCAUUUUUUUUUUGUACGUUUCGACUAUUCGUUAAUACACAGUACUCUGUCAAAAUUGUUGUUGCUCUGUUGAUUGCUAUGAAAUCUAAGUCGUACGUGGUGGCAUGAGUUGCAAUCCAAAUCGAGAAUCGAUAGAUUAGAGAACCUUAGAACCUCUAUACCGAAAAUAUUUUUUUGUUACUGCACUCGCAAUAUGGGUCCAUAUAUAUCACGAGACCUCUUACUGUGUAGUCCAACACCAUUUUCCUGUGUGAUUGGAUAUGAUUUUGCCACUAUAAACGGUUGGUGCUAUCUAGGGCUAGAUGAAACUUGAAAUCCACCAUACCAUAAAUAAAUAAAUAAAAUAGCAUUAAAAUACAUAUAAAUAACCAAAUAGAGAAAAAAAAACCCUCAUAUUUGAUUGGAUAAUAUUUAUUUAUUUAUUAAGGCCCGAAUUACCUUAUAAUAUCGAGAAGUUAUAAAAUCUGCUAAACCCGCAUCUCUUACCAUCAUUGAUACGAAUCAUACUACUAUGUUAUGAUCAUAUUAUCAUGACGAGAAUAUGUCACUAUUUGCCGUCCUAAAUUUUUAACCUAGCAUUUAUUAUUGAUGGUAAGUUAGGAGAGUGGGGGAGGGAACAAAGGAAGUAGGGUUUCUUUUGGUUUAGUAUUAUUGUUGGCAGAGGAAGAGAAGUAAAUCUGAAAGCCCCUCCUUCCAAUAUUCUUCUUGGGAUUGGUGGCCUGCCAUCCAUGGUUAUAAAAAAAAACACCCAAAAUAAUAAAAUAGAAGAAAACCCUACUCAUCAGAAUUCCUUUCCAGCCUAUAAAUCUCUCUCUCACUCUCUCGUCUCCACACCCUCACUAACCCUACAACUCCAACCCCAAAAAAAAAAAACUCUUUUCCCCUUUCCUUCUUCUUCCUCUUCUCCAAUAAUUUUCUGCAAUGAAAAUGGCUUCUGCUUGUACUCUUCCACAGCUUUCUUGAACUGCAUCAUCUCUCCUCCUCCCUCCCUGCAAUCAGCUGCAUAGUUGGAAAUCAACAGAUCGAGUUUUUGCGGUUCAAUAAAGCUGUGGGAAGAUACAAUCAGGGCUAGUCGUCGGAUUCCAUUUUGCACUUCAGAAUCCCAAAGGAAGAAUCUCUACUCCAAGAAAAUUCGGUAUCUCUUUAUCUGCCCUUCAUCACUAGAUCCUGGUUUACGACGAAUUCGAACCUGAGACCUUCUGAGUGAAUACUGUUAUUACUUUCAACCCUCUGAUCUUUUUAUGUGUUGUUUUUUCUCGUGCAGUAGCUCGAUCUGGAUCUCGUGCGUGACAGCCAGAAGUAGUAGUUACUUGAGGUUAUACUUGAAUAAUUAGCGACAGAGUGUUUUAUACUAAAAUUAUAAUUUAAUUGUAAUUCAUGUUUCAUACGGCUAAAGUCAUCUAUUGAUUUAGACACUGAUAAGAGAUUUUUUUUCGAUUGGACCUGUCAAAUUAGGUUCAUGGAUAGAUUAAUGGAUGGUGAGCGGUUGAUGUUUUUUAGUAAAGCAUAUUUAGUGCUACAUUCUUCUUGUAUUGUUGGCUCCAUUCAUUUAUUUAUAUGUAUAUAUAAUAAUGGCACAUCUUCGAUCGGCCCUUUUGUCGGUCGGUCGAUGAAUUGUAUUAUUUGUAUUAUAAAGCUUUUGAAUGUUUGUUUGUUUGUAUAUUAUAUUAAAAAAAUUCCAUUUGAUAUGUACAUAAUGGUGAUGAUAUUAUUUCCUUUUUAUUUAAGGGAUGAUAUUGAUAUGACAUCUAAUUGUGUCUACACCCGUUGUCCCGUCUAUCUAUAGUCUCUAUUUUGUUGUUUGGGUUGUAUUGUUUGGAAGUCAGAUUAUAUGUAAUCUAUUGGAAGUCACAAGGAUGUUUUUAUUGUUAUGGAUUUGCUCCGUAACCUUUCUUUUCUUUUUCGAUGUUAAAUUAGAGUUGACACGUCCAAAAAAGUGUUAUAUAUAUCUUCUCAUCUUUUUGUAAUGUUUAUCUUUCUCAAGUAUAAUGAAACUGAUAUCUCUCACGCACAUGAAUUAGCUAAUUCACAUGCUAGUGAAUCUUCCUUACUGUCUUACAUUUUCUUAUCUUACAAAAUAUAAGAUGAUAAUAUAAACCCAUAUUACCCAACACAUCCAUUUUGAUGAUUUAGAUUUUUGUGAGUUUAGAUCAUAUAUGUCAAGAACCAGUUGAUCCCAAUAACUCGAGUUGUUGGGAUCAACUGGUUCUUGACAUGGUAUCAGAGUCUAGAACCGAAAGGUCAUGUGUUCGAAUCUCCACGACCCCCAAUAUUAACCGUUGUCUUUCAAGCACAUGGUAUGGUGGGCCUGUGCAAACUUCAAGCUCAUGGGUUGGCUUUCGUUUGAGGGGGCAUGUUAGAGAGUAGUAAAAGAUCCACGAUUGAACCUCUCCCAACAACUCGAGUUAUUGGGAGCAACUGGUUCAUGACAAUAUAUAACACAAGGGGGCCAAGUUUAGAGCUAGGGUUUCUUUUUCUGACGGUAAGUUCUUGUUCAUUUUGCAGAUCUUUGGGUUUUGUUCAAUUUGAGCUUGAAGACAAGCCCGACUUGAAAGGAAGAAGAGACCCUUUGUGGAUCAACCUAAAGAAGAAAAGGUAAGUGUAAACCUUUUUGUCUUUGUUAGGGCUGAAAUGUUUCUGAAUCAGAUCAUGUUGUUUCUACAGAGCUAGGGAUUGAUUCUCAGUUCAAAACCAACUCUAGCUUUCCCAUCCCAUUUUUCUGUUGCCAAUCGCCGGCCAAAUGUUUUUGGCCGCUGGCCGGCCGACAGAAUAAAACUAAAAGCCAUUUAAUGAAACCAAUAAUGUCUACUAUGGUUUAAAAAAAAAAAUGUGUACUUGCUAUCUAGGGUUAUAUAUUUCCUUUCUUCUUUAUGGUUGUCAACUUGAUUAGCUGGAAUGUUAAAAGGUCGAAGCCAGCAAGAACAGCACAGCUGCAACAGUACUCACGAGAGGGUUUGGUUGGAGUCUUUGUUUUUAAUUAGUAUGGCCACCUAACUAGCUAGCUUUGGCCACCUCUAAAGCAGGUAUUAGUCAAUUCGGUCUAGAAUCUGAUUGAAUUUAGAUAAGAUUGGACCAAUUUGAAAGGAAAAUUGAUGAUCAAACAGACCAAAAUUCAAUUACAACUCAAUAAUUAUUAGAAUCAAAAUAAAUUCAAUCCAAUUCAAUUCACGGUAUAAUUCAAUCUGAAUUAGAUCGGACCAUUGCCCACCCUAGUCCACCUAGGCCCCUAAUCAAUUAAUUUGCUUACUUUAUGGGCACCCACCCCACAUUAACAUGCAGUUGCUUCUGUGCCACACAGGUCAUCCUCAACCAAAAUUGGUGUGGUGGCAAGCUUCUGAUCAAAAUUCUAUCUCACUAAUUAGUACUUUAGGUUUAACUUUUUACACACCUAAUCCAAUCAAGAUGUUCCCUUAAUUAAGUAGUGCUGCCAGCUAAUACAUAGUGACAACUGAAAAGCUGAGUUUUCAAUUCAUCUGGUUGGUGAAAGCGUGUCAAACAACUAUGUUCUUGAAACGAUUCUGAAUCCAUUUGGAUCGAUGAUCUCGCGAUUACUUUUUUUUCCAGAUCUUGCGUAAGGAAAAGCAUUUUGCUGUGUGGGUUUUGUUUUGUUUUGUUUCAUAGCUAACUUUCACUUUAGGGUGGGGUUGAGAUUAUUUAUCAUUAUUAUUUGAUCUCCUUUACUUCUCCACUAAUGUUGUAUGCUUAAAGGGAAACAAAUUGGGAUUAGGAAAAAACAUAUAAUGUUACAUUUUAUAUGGUCUAGAAAAGUUAGUUGUUUGCUUGUUCCUCUCUUGAUAAUAUCCAAAGUGGCCGGGAAAGAAACCAUACCAAUGAGUUUGUCUGCCUUGUUGACAAAAACAAUUGUUCUUUUUAUUUCCUUGUGCUUUGUGAACUAAGGAAAAAGAGCUAAAGGUCGAUCGGUGGAAAAGUUUUGAAGAAAAACAAUACAUUAUUAGAGCAUUAACCUCACUCCAUUUGCUUCGAUCUUCACAGGAACUUUGGUAAAAAUGUAGAUUUUAACGUGAGAUAUUUCUCAGAUUCCUGUAUUAAUUUACGCUAAAGUAUGUAUAGCUGAUGAAAUAUACGUUCUUUGAUGCCUUUUACACGAGUGGUAUUACAUAGUGUUUGCUAAAUCGUAUCGUACCAACGGUCCGACCGGAAAAACUGUCUAUUGGGCUUUAACCUUAUAUCGGAUUUUAUCUAUAUGAAACGAAUGAAACAUGAUUUGAACACAUACUAUCGAACCAUUUACUUAAUUGUUACGACCUCCAAUAGGGUUACAUAGCAUACGCAUGUACAAAUGUAGUCUCAACUCCAAGUUAAAAUAUAUGAACAUAUCUGGGGGAUUCAAACACACACCAUUCUUCAUAAAUUGUAUUUUGUAUAUGCAUCAUAAUCAUCCCAUGUAAAAGCGACGUGACUUUCACCAUUUGCCUUUCACUUUUACCCUCUCCACCACCACUGCCAAUGGAGAAAGUGGCAAAAUGAAUUUACUGCUUUUUUCAGGGGGUAACAUCUCUCACGACCAGCCAUAUUUCCCUUUCAUCAGCUGCCAAUCCUCUUUUCCCAGGUACGUACCUUUCCUAGCCUCCGC